AUUUACAUCCCUCCCUCGCGGCUCGGAGAUUACCUUUUUCGGACACCCACAGCGCCGACGGCGCAAAGUUGUAUUACCUUUCUAUAUCGUUGGCGUACUCCUUGCAUCCCGUUUGAAGACGCGUGCAGCUGUCGUAUUUGUAACAGCAUUAGUCAGUGAUAAAGAUGUAUUAAUAAGUGCUCUGUAGAUAUUAUAUUCAAUGUGCAAUAUGUGUAAUGGUAUAAGAGGUCGAAGUCUUCCCGUGUAGAUGGACUGCUCAAUAUCGUCUACAACAAUCAACGUUAGCUCAAACUCGAUAUAGCUGUUUUUAAUUAGAAUCCAACGUUUGAAUAAGUCCUCUUUGACUUCCGCAACUUCUUACAUCAUGGCUGAAGCGAAUCUGUCUGGCAAAGUCCUUUCGCCUGAUCAUCUAGCACAUGUUGUGCUUAGGACGGGGCGGUUCAAGCCCGUGGUUGAGUUUUAUAAGGUCUUUCUAGGUGCGCAUGUCGUAUCAGAGAGUGAAUCACUAGCAUUCUUGACCUAUGACGGCGAGCAUCAUCGUGUCGCUAUUGUAUCGAUCCCUGGCUUGGACGAUAAGGUUCGGCUGAGCGCUGGCCUGGACCAUAUAGCAUUCACCUUCAAAACGUUAGAUGACCUCGCAACGGCCUAUCUGCAGCGCAAAGCCCACGGUAUACUACCCGUCUGGUGUGUCAAUCACGGACCAACCACGAGUAUGUACUACCAGGACCCUGACGGCAAUGUACUCGAGACGCAAGUAGAUAAUUUCGACACGGUCGAGGAGUCCACCAAAUCCAUGAUGGGUCCCGAGUUCGUCGAGAACCCCAUCGGCGUUGAUUUCGAUCCAGAGGACCUAAUUAGACGGUUAAAGAGUGGCGAACCAGAAUCGGAGAUCAAAAAACGUCCCAAUAUCGGUCCUCGUGGGGUUGAGGAAAUUCCGAUUAUACAUCUGCCACUACCCGUCGUUAAGGAGAGUUACGGGCUUGUCGAAAGUACUGCUUGAUGCCACGAAUGCAUCUGAAUAGUGUCUAACCGCUCCAUCCGCUACCAUGAGAAGAGGGAAAGUAACCAUAUAAUAGCAACAAGAAAGAAGCGCAAAGCAGUUCGGGUGAUCGGGGCCGUGUACUCGGUCUCAUUUCAGACCAGUCAAUAAACUGCUUAAGAAAAGCAAUCAUCUAUCUACACCUUGUUAGCGUGAUUCUAAUUAAUUUGGAAUGUAGAGUUCACCUUUAGGCAUUUGACCUCUCCAUUGUAGCUCAUAGGUACUAGUUAAAACCUAGUAACAUAGCAUCAAUAAGUCAGUCGCUCUAGUGUUACA